ACGUGGAUGGAGGGUCUGAUGAGCCCGACCGUCCCAGGAAGCCCCACGGCUCAUUUCAUAUAUAUUUUUUAGCGAUAAAGGCGGUUGAACCGCUGAUUUUCGAGGUCAGGGCAUACAAAUGAAAAAAGCAAAAUAAUUUAAAAUGAUUUCAGGCUAGCUUGCUGUCAACGCCAGCGCACAUUUGUUAUGAUUUGGCGUUGAUUUUGGCGAUAUUUACUGUGCAGUUUGAUAAGUUCCUCUAAAGGGUCACCAAUAUCUGGAGCCUCUAGCCGCCCGCUGCCUAAAUAUUAGGCAGAAAUACACUGUCUAUUUCUCUUAUAUCGUGGGGUGGCGGCAAGCCAAGAAUUGACUCUGGAGCCGGACACGGAGGAGAGUGUGGCCAUGACGGGAGGGACCGUAGACACCCUUCCCAUGAGCAACCACACCCGAGAGAGGGUGACCGUGGCCAAGCUGACGCUGGAGAACUUCUACAGCACUCUGCUCACGCAGCACGAGGAGCGCGAGAUGAGGCAGAAGAAGCUGGAGAAAGCCAUGGAUGAGGAGGGUUUGCCAGAUGAGGAGAAAGUAAUGCGCCGCUCGCAGCAUGCCCGUAAGGAGACCGAGUUCUUGCGACUGAAGCGGACGCGACUUGGCUUGGAUGACUUUGAGUCCCUGAAAGUGAUCGGACGGGGGGCUUUUGGAGAGGUCCGUUUGGUGCAGAAGAAAGACACGGGGCACAUUUACGCCAUGAAGAUUUUGAGGAAAGCCGACAUGCUGGAGAAAGAACAGGUCGCCCAUAUCCGGGCAGAGAGGGAUAUUCUGGUAGAGGCGGACGGCGCCUGGGUGGUCAAGAUGUUCUACAGCUUCCAGGACAAGCGGAACCUCUACCUCAUCAUGGAGUUCCUGCCUGGAGGCGACAUGAUGACCCUGCUGAUGAAGAAGGACACUCUGUCCGAAGAGGCCACCCAGUUCUACAUUGCAGAGACGGUCCUGGCAAUCGACUCCAUCCACCAGCUGGGCUUCAUCCACAGAGACAUCAAACCAGACAACCUGCUGCUGGACUCCAGGGGACACGUGAAGCUGUCCGAUUUUGGCCUGUGUACAGGACUGAAGAAGGCUCAUCGCACAGAAUUCUACAGGAACCUGACACACAACCCGCCCAGUGAUUUCUCCUUUCAAAAUAUGAACUCCAAGAGGAAAGCAGAAACCUGGAAGAAGAACCGGAGGCAGCUGGCGUACUCUACAGUGGGGACGCCGGACUACAUUGCCCCUGAAGUCUUCAUGCAGACAGGCUACAACAAGCUGUGUGACUGGUGGUCUCUGGGUGUCAUCAUGUACGAAAUGCUCAUCGGUUACCCGCCCUUCUGCUCUGAGACGCCACAGGAGACGUACAGGAAGGUGAUGAACUGGAAGGAAACCCUCAUCUUCCCACCAGAAGUCCCCAUCUCAGAGAGGGCCAAAGACUUGAUAUUAAAGUAUUGCACUGAUGCCGAGAACAGGGUUGGAGCAGUGAGCGUGGAGGAGAUCAAGAGUCAUCAGUUUUUUGAGUCGGUGGACUGGGAGCACAUCAGGGAGCGUCCCGCAGCCAUCUCCAUCGAAAUCAAGAGCAUCGACGACACCUCAAACUUUGACGACUUCCCCGAGUCAGACAUCCUUCAGCCAGCCAAUGCGACAGAGCCGGACUUCAAAUCGAAGGAUUGGGUGUUCCUCAACUACACGUACAAACGCUUUGAGGGUCUGACCCAGCGAGGCACCAUCCCCACAUACAUGAAGGCAGGGAAGGCCUGACACGGGAGACGGCGUCGUGGAGAGAAAGACAGACAGACGUUUACGGACACAGGGUCGGGCCGCCGAGCCCCGCUGGUGCUGAAAGGCUGCGCUGUCGGGCCUCUCAGUAUAAAUUUAACCCUCAUCAUAAGUCAUUUAGGUCUGCUCAGCCGCCGCAAGAACGCCAAGAGCUCUGAAAUGAUGGAGUGUUUACCGCAUUACCUCGGUUGUUUAUAUCGUAUAACGUGCCGUCUUUAGCCACAGCUCUCAGGCCAGUUCACUAACUAGGACACUAAAUCAGCAUAUCUGCAUGUACAGUCUGGAGAGGAUGUUUCACUGCUCAGUGGGAAUGAGGAUUAACUGCUUGGAUAUCUUCACAGCCGUAGUUAUGAGCUUUAUUCACUGUAGUAAGAACAGGUAUACCUCACUUGUUCCCGCCCAUAAUGUUAUAGCCAGCUCGUGGAUUUUAAAGGAAAGUUCCAGCAUGAUUUUAAGGGUUUUGGCUCCCUCUCUGCUUUGUAUUCAGGAGAUACUCCCACUAACGAAGGUAGCCUCCAAUUUAAAAGCUUUAAGCGAUAAAAAAUCUUCUCUUUGUAGUGGUGGUAGUUGGCGAGAUGCUAGUGGAUCCUAAUGGAUGUUCAGUUAGCAUACACAUUGUCUGGGACAGAUAGGAAUAUGGAGAGGCUGAAGGGGAACAUUAUGUAUAUUAUGUUAGUCCUUCUACUGGCGGCUAGAUAUUACUAUUAGACUCCUCCUCUAUUACUAUUAGACUCCUCCUCUAGCGCCGUCAUCAGGUCAAAAGUUGUUAGUUCAAUACUUUUUUUAAAUUUUUUUUAUUAUAUGACCACAAAUAUAUAUAAAACUAACAACUGACUUUCCCAUCAGCACCAGCCACUCUUGUGCUAAUGAGCAGGCGUUAGCAUGCUAAGUUGGUGAACAUGGGAAACCUGGUUCACAUAAACAUGUUGCUAUGCUAAUGUUAGCAUUUAGCUCAAAUGUGACAAUCUAUUUAAAGAAGAAAAUUCUUUAAAAGUGUAAAUGUUUUUAUCCUAACAGUAGUACUGUUUUUGCCUGUAAUGGGGCAGAAUGACGCGUCUCGUUGUUUUCACGAACAAUUAACAUUAAAGGGAGAGAAAAUAAAACUCAAUUAAAAUGAUGCUGGAACUCUCCUUUAACCGCCGCCUCGGCGCCUCUGCUUCUCUCACAGAGGCACAACGUGCCAGGCAACGCGCGAAAGCAGUUUCCCAUGCGCGUGCAUGCCGAGUGCGCCACUUCCCCCCCAGAGCCAGUUGUGUGUGUUUGUGCAGGUCAGCGCUGCAGUAGUUGAUAUUUCCCCUGAUUUUAUUUUAACGAGCCAGAGGGCUGAUCUGUUCCUUCUUAGAUGGACAAAACAUGCAAAGUGCCUUGAAAAUAGCGAUCAAUAUUUAACCACAUGCGUUAGCGAUGUUAUCAGAGAUUAACCAGAAGGUGUCAAUUACUUUUAGAAGUGUUAAAGCGCUUUGAAGGAGGGAAAGGAGAAAGGGAAACAUUCUCAGCUUCAUGAGUCAACUUGUGAGAAAGCAACACUUUUUCUCUUGAAGCAAAAAGAAAGCUUUGAUGUUUCAAUUAUUUUUAGUGUGUCUGCAGUGAUCAGAUGAUAACGGUGAUGAAACAGGCCGUAUAGGUUAGAUAGUUAAGCAAGGCACAUGGAAACCAUGCCUCAAUGCAAACACAACAAAGUGUGUUUGUUAAAGAUUGAACUCAAAAUAGAUCAAAGUAAGAAUAGAUUAACAUUGUGGAUAUCUUAAGACACGUGUACGUUAGGCUCUAGAUGUAUUUAAUGUUUCACCCCCUCACCCCAACAAGCUAACGUCGGGCCUGUUUUACUCGACAAAACAAGCCCUUUAACCAUCUGCUCAGAGUUGUGACCGGACUCAGCGCUAAAAAUAGUAACCAAAGAACUCUGAUCACCACACGUCGUCGAUCUGAGCGCAGAUUCAGAUGUAGCUGUCACUUACUGCACUUAACGUAAAACUACCUUUGAAUAAUACACCAUUCCACGGGAGCCGAACUUGGCUACGGAACCAUUCGCCAUUUCCACUUAUACGCUUGUCGGGAAAUGAGUGAGCAAAGGCAGAUGUUUCAUCGGUUAGCACAUCUGUAAAGUGUGUCAAAAUGCAAGUAAAGCUACCGGUGUACACACAGGGAGAGGACAUAAUACUGAGGACUUUACCAUAUUGGACUAAGUGCAGCUGCAGCCAUCACAGGGUAUUCUUAUUUUUUGAGCACUCCCUCCGGAGUCCCAGAAGAAGUCAUUCAACUCAUUUCACAGGCUGAGGUGCAUCAGUAGUCAAUGGGGCCAGACGUGAUGGGGAGUGAACUGACAAGAUGUGACAAGUGUGGAGUAGCCCUUUAAACACGAACAGAAAACGUCUGGAAACACAUCUGCAUCCCAUCAGAUAGACAAAAUGACUGGCCAGUACCCCCUGGAACACACUGACGUGCCCUGGGAGAGGCAAACCGCCGUAUUCAUAGCGUCCUGUUUCACAGCCAAACGGUUUACGAGUGUUCGUGACUGAGUGAGUAAGUGACUGACUGAGUGAGUGACUGAGUGAGUGAAUGACUGAGUGUGAGUGACUGAGUGAGUGACUGAGUGAGAGUGAGUGAGUGAGUGACUGUGAGUGACUGUGUGAGUGACUGAGUGAGUGAAUGACUGAGUGUGAGUGACUGAGUGAGUGACUGAGUGAGAGUGAGUGAGUGAGUGACUGUGAGUGACUGUGUGAGUGACUGAGUGACUGACUGAGUGAAUGACUGAGUGAGUGACUGUGUGAGUGAGUGACUGACUGAGUGAGUGUGAGUGACUGUGAGUGACUGAGUGACUGACUGAGUGAGUGACUGUGAGUGACUGUGAGUGACUGAGUGACUGAGUGAGUGAAUGACUGAGUGAGUGACUGUGAGUGAGUGACUGACUGAGUGACUGAGUGAGUGUGAGUGACUGUGAGUGACUGAGUGACUGACUGAGUGAGUGACUGUGAGUGACUGUGUGAGUGACUGAGUGACUGUGAGUGACUGAGUGACUGAGUGAGUGAAUGACUGAGUGAGUGACUGUGAGUGACUGAGUGAGUGACUGUGAGUGACUGACUGAGUGACUGAGUGACUGUGAGUGACUGAGUGAGUGACUGAGUGAGUGAAUGAGUGACUGUGAGUGACUGACUGAGUGACUGAGUGAGUGACUGAGUGACUGAGUGACUGACUGAGUGAGUGACUGUGAGUGAAUGAGUGAAUGACUUAGUGAGUGACUGUGAGUGACUGACUGAGUGACUGACUGAGUGAAUGAGUGACUGAGUGAGUGACUGAGUGACUGACUGAGUGAGUGACUGUGUGAGUGACUGACUGAGUGACUGACUGAGUGACUGAGUGAGUAAGUGACUGACUGAGUGAGUGACUGAGUGAGUGAAUGACUGAGUGAGUGACCUGUGAGUGAGUGACUGACUGAGUGAGUGACUGUGAGUGACUGAGUGAAUGACUGAGUGAGUGACUGUGUGAGUGACUGACUGAGUGACUGACUGAGUGACUGAGUGAGUAAGUGACUGACUGAGUGAGUGACUGAGUGAGUGAAUGACUGAGUGAGUGACCUGUGAGUGAGUGACUGACUGAGUGACUGACUGACUGACUCCGUGCUCGGGAUGAGAAAGACAUUUUCACAAAGUAGAUACUCGGUGCUUCUUUUUUGUUGUUGUUGUCGUGAGGUGACGAUGUGUGACCUUGUUCGAUGUCAAACUGGCGUUCUGUGUUGUUAUAGAGAACUUUUUAUUUCCCCCUUCAAAAUGAGAUGAAAACAGGAGGGUAAAUACUGCGUUGGCAUCCAUAUGAUUCAACGUAUGUACGAGAUGACUCGAGAUCUGUUACUGUGGCACUUUAUCUAAUGGGAGCUGAUUUAUUGUGACUUCAUUUGAGUUCACGAAGUGUUUCACUUUCGAGUUAAGGCAGACAGUUCAUUUCUGACAGACCAAACAAGCUUUUAAAAUCGCCCUUUGUGUUCUGAACCAGAACAGUGUCCCAUAUGUCAUGAUUCAUGUUGAGAGAAGCCUUCCAAUAGCAGGGAAAGGUGAAUUUAUUCUCUUUAGGAUAGCAGUUCA